UUCAAAAAUGAAAUUUAUUUUAUGGAAAAUUUGUUGCUACGUCUUUUUAAAUUUCGUCGAUACGACGCUUUACAGUCGACAGAUGGUUGAAUAUACCCUUGGCUCAAUUAUCUCAUAGCUCUGUAAGUUUUUAAAGCUCAAUUUAAAACUUUUUCGUUACGGGUAUAGUUUUUCAGCAAAUAUUCUUCAGUUCUUCAGUUGCUUCUUAACCACCGUACCGACAACAUGGAAUAUAACCAGGCUUUUAAGUAUGCAGUAGCUUGGAACCGGACGAGUUUAAGAUUCGUCGGACUUUGGCCGGAACCAAAUGAUGGAGUUUUCACAAAACUAAAAGGAUGGUUCGGUGCUUGGUUGAUUUUCAUGACUAUUUACUUACCCCAAUCAACGCUAGCUUAUGUAAACUGGGGUGAUAUGAACGCAGUUAUCGAGAGUCUUUCUAUUAAUGGACCGAUUUUAAUAGCUAUUAUUAAAAUUAUUAUUUUUCGUCAUUAUAGAGAUGUCUUAAAGUUAGCAAUCGUUACUAUGACAAAAGAUUGGAGUGAAUUACGAAGCAAAGAAGAAUAUAAAGUGAUGCUCAAAACUGCAAAAAUAAGUCGAAUUAUUUCAGUGACGUCUACUAUAAUCACUAAUACUCUUUUUAUUGCGUUUGUGUUUUUCAAGAUUUGGAUCGGCAUGCAAUUGAUGAAGCGCACGGAUUUAGACCCACGAUUGUCAGUAGGUCUACUUUACCCUGGAUAUCUGCCUUUUGAUUCAAGAAUAAUGAUGUAUUUCAUACCUACGUGGACAGCUCAAUGCUUCGCGACCUGUUUUUCUAUGACCGCAUAUGCAGCUUUUGAUACAUUUGUAUCAUGUAUGGUGCUCCAUAUUUGUGGCCAACUAGCAGUCGUUGGUAUAUCAUUGAAAAAUCUUAUUAAUGAUGAUGUCAAAGUUGACUCAAAAGUUUUUUGGAAUAAAUUUUCGGAAAUUAUUAAACAUCAUGAAGAAAUAAAUAAACUAGGACUGAUGAUUGAAAACUCAUUUAAUUCAAUUCUUCUUCCUCAAAUGUUCGUAUGUACGGUAACAUUUUGUCUCCAAGGAUUUGCAAUGAUAACAAGUUUUAUAGAUCCAUCGGCUGGCAAAAUAUCUAUUCUUGAAAUGCUCUUUUCCAUCGUUUACGUAUUUUACACUGUUAUGCACUUAUUCGUUUACUGUUAUGUCGGCGACUAUCUAUCAUUUGAAAGUACAUUGAUCGGUCAAUCAUACUACAAGAGCAACUGGUACGAAUUACCCGUAAACAAAUCACGAUCACUGAUGUUUAUUGGCCAUCGUGCACGUAGACCUUUACUACUUACCGCAGGAAAAUUUUGCGCGUUUUCAAGAAAUCUAUUUCUCGCAGUACUCAAAACAUCUUUUGGAUAUUUAUCGAUGUUAUUAGCCGUGAAACAAGAAAAAAUAUCGGAUAGUUAACAAAAAUAGCUGUAAAACAAGAAAAAAUGUCGGACUAGUUAGCAAAAAUUUUUUAUAAUUACUUAUAUAAGUAAUAAUAAUAAACAUUUCUAAUAUGCUAAACUUUAAUAUAUGAAAAGUAAUUUCUACUAUUUUGUAUUAAAGGUUAAAUAUCUUAAACCCUAUCA